CAGGCAAUUGCCGUAAACUUGAUUGUCUCAUAUCGCGUAAUCACCAUACGUUUGACCCUUCACAUCACUGCAUAUGACCAUCUCGUAACUAUCAAACAGUGUCCGUCUCCCCCCUCCCCACAACCUGCUUCCACCGACGCUUUUCCAGCCGGGUAUACAAGCGGAGCCACCAAAUGUGUUCCUAACAGCAUAAUAGAAUUUUAAAAUUGAUUUUCUUAUUUUGCAUAGCGCCAUGGAGACUGUGACGACUCUGUUCAACCGGAAAAUUGCUCUCUCCUUUGUUGUUGCGGCCGCGUUGCUCCAUAAUAGUGCCGAGGCCCUGCAAUCUCCAGGGCUCCGGAGACAGCUAGUCAACGUCCACUCUUUCGCUGAGGUGGAGACGACAGGAUAUAGCUGCCUUGAAAAAGACAAGGAGUACGUUGGUUUCAGCCUGACUGAGUUCACCGAAGUGGGCGACGCUGGCUUGUGCCAGCAGAGGUGCAAUCAACACCCGCACUGCAGCUUCUUCACAUUCUAUUCCAAUGGGAACCGAUGCGUGCUCCAGUCCCGCAAGCCUUCUCAGGAGAAGAACAAUGCCGAUGCCGUUUCUGGCCCGAAACGGUGCCCGCUUUGCCUCGUUGAUUCCUUUGAUUUCAGAGGCGAGGCAAACCUGCAUCAUAAAGGUGCUCCCGGUCUCAAUACACUCCUGGCGUGUCAACAGGGGUGUGCAGCAGAGCCCAGAUGCAAAGGCUUCCUCUUCGAGAAGCGUCCCCGCACGUGUCACUUCAAAACAAAUGAUAACUAUUUGAAAGCGCUCGAUCCGGAUACUUCAUAUAUCGCAGGUCCGAAAACGUGUACGGAUGAACACUGGUGCAUCAUGAAGGAUAUUGGCUACAGGGGCACAGACUCGAAGGAGACAAGAGCAAACUCAGCGGCAGAGUGCCAGCAGAUGUGCCUCAACGACGAGAGAUGUGACUUUUUCACGUGGCAACAGGCGGGCAAGUAUUGUUGGUUUAAGGCUGGGGCGUCCACUGCCUCAACAAAAUACAAUCGGGCUGGCGACUAUUCUGCACCAAAACACUGCGGCCUGCCGACCACAUGUGUCAAGGAGCGGACCAAGUACGCGGGCGAAACCGUUGCGACGUUCCCCAAGAGCGAGGUGGGGACCUUCGAGUCCUGCCAAAUGAAGUGCUGGAAGACCAGCAAGUGUGUGUUUAUGCACUUCAACAAUGAUGGCUGCACGCUCUCUGGGAUCAAUGCAACCGCUCAAACUGAUGCGAACUCCAAAGCAGGCGAUAUCACAUGCUGAAUGAAACGUUAACCCCUCAGCUCGUCAUUUCUAAGAAUUCGGAAACGUAGCGGAAUCAUUGUUAUUUGAGCGGAUCCUCCAGAAAGGCAUCGUUGCGGGAAGUUGACUGCUAAAUAAACUCUGUAAGUGAAUACCCCCGUUGGUUCUGUGAUGGAAUGUACCACAGGUUCGUUUCUUGCUUCAUCAUUUCGUCUCCUCUGGCU